GGCACUGACUGGCACUGAUGGCGGCACUGAUAGGCAGCACUGACGGGCACUGAUAGGUGGCACUGUUGCACACUGAUAGGUGUCACUCACUGGCACUGAUAGGCGUCACUGACUGGCACUGAUAGGUGGCAUUGAUUGGCAGCACUGAUAGGUGGCACUGACUGGCAUUGAUAGGUGGCACUGACUGGCACAGAUGGGUGACACUGAAAGGCAGCUCAGAUGGGCACUGAUAUGUGGCAUUGAUGUGCACUGAAAUGUGGCACUUAUGUGGCACUGCUGGGCACUGGCAGGUGGCAUGGAUGAGCACGGACAGGUGGCACUGUAGGUGGCACUGCUGGGGCUACACAGAUCAUCAGGGCACACUGAUCAUCAGUGCCCUGAUGAUCACUGUCAGCGUGACAGCUCGUGAGGAGAGAAAUGCCGAUAACCGACAUUUCCCUGUUUACAUGUGAUCAGCUGUGAUUGGACACAGCUGAUCA